AAGGAAAAGGAAAAAUGGUUGAGAGCUCCCUCCCUCCCACAGUAGAGGUUUGACUUGCUGCGAUCGCCCACUGCACAUCUGCUCCUAUACGUAGCACACAUCUGUAUCUGUAUAUAUACACACACUCGAGAUCUCUUCCUCUUCACAGUUCUUGUCCCAACGCUAAAGACAGCGCAGACAAAGCAGAGAGAGAGAGAGAGAGAGAUUAGAUAAUAUAUUACGAGCAUAUAUACCUAGAGUGAGAGAGAGAGAAGAGAGAGAGAGAGAGAGGCGCAGGGAUUCAAGCUUCUCUCUCUGACUUCACCGUUGUCCUCCACCAGAUUCAAUCGAGCUUCUUAUAUUUGCGAGUGGGUUGACUUGUAUUGACUAAUUGAUGAGUGUAGAGUAUCGAUGGAUAUGUUGAGAGAUGAAGUGAGGAUUUGACAAAUGGGGUGUGUUUUUGGUCGAGAGGUGUCGUCGGGCAGAGUGAACGAGGUUAAGGAGGAAGAGAAGAGGGAGGGUGAGAGUAGAAAGAGCUCCAAGAAUUCGAAGGUUGAAUCUAGCGGGACUGUACGGGUUGGGGAUAGUGGGGGGCUUGGUAAGGAGAAUGGCGAGGGGGUUAGUAAUGGCGUGACACGGAAGGAAGAGAAGGUCGAUGGGGACCGGCGGUCGCACGGUGAGAGGAGGAGAUCGAAACCAAACCCUAGGCUGAGUAAUCCCCCGAAGCAUAAACACGGGGAGCAAGUUGCAGCAGGAUGGCCGUCUUGGCUUUCUGCGCAUGUUGGCGAAGCAAUCGACGGUUGGCUUCCUCGACGUGCAGACACUUUUGAGAAGAUUGACAAGAUUGGGUCAGGAACAUAUAGCAAUGUCUACAAAGCAAGAGAUACUGUGACCGGGAAAAUUGUUGCCUUAAAGAAGGUACGCUUUGAUAAUUUGGAACCAGAAAGUGUGAGAUUUAUGUCCAGGGAGAUUAUUAUUUUGCGGCGACUUGAUCAUCCCAAUGUUAUAAAAUUGGAGGGUUUGGUCACUUCGAGAAUGUCGUGUAGUUUGUAUCUCGUAUUUGAGUACAUGGAGCAUGAUUUGGCUGGACUCGCAGCAAGCCCAGAAAUCAAGUUUACCGUAGCACAGGUUAAGUGUUACAUGCAUCAGCUAUUAUCUGGGCUUGAGCACUGUCACAACCGUGGUGUACUCCAUCGUGACAUUAAAGGGUCAAAUCUUCUUAUCGACAAUGGAGGAGUACUAAAGAUAGCUGAUUUUGGGUUGGCCACCAUUGUCGAUCCUAGCCACAAGCACCCUCUAACUAGCAGGGUGGUUACACUCUGGUAUCGAGCUCCGGAGCUUCUUCUUGGGUCUAACGACUACGGUGCAGGCAUAGACCUGUGGAGUGCGGGUUGUAUUUUAGCUGAAUUGUUGUUUGGGAAGCCUAUCAUGCCUGGUCGUACAGAGGUAGAGCAAUUGCAUAAGAUCUACAAGCUUUGUGGUUCUCCUUCUGAUGAAUAUUGGAAAAAAUCAAAGUUGCCAAAUGCAACUUUAUUCAAGCCCCGGGAGCCUUAUAAGCGCUGCGUUUCAGAGACAUUCAAACAUUUCCCUCCAUCAGCACUGCCUUUAAUUGAAACUCUUAUUGCCAUUGAUCCAGCUGAACGUAAAACUGCGACAGAUGCAUUACAGAGCGAAUUUUUCACAACAGAGCCCCAUGCUUGCACUCCUUCUAGUCUACCGAAAUACCCUCCCACCAAGGAGAUGGAUGCCAAACGACGUGAUGACGAGGCUCGCAGGCUUAGAGCUGCUAAUAAACCCCAGGCUGAUGGUGCUAAGAAAACACGCACUCGUGAUCGGGCCGUUCGAGCAAUGCCUGCCCCAGAAGCCAAUGCUGAGCUUCAAUCUAAUCUCGAUCAGCGGCGGCGCCUAAUCAGCCAUGCAAAUGCAAAAAGCAAGAGCGAGAAGUUUCCUCCACCUCACCAGGACGGAGCUCUCGGUGUCCCGUUGGGCGCUUCACAUCACAUUGACCCUGCCUUUGUUCCUUCUGAUAUCCCCUUUAGCACUAACUUAUUCACAUACUCAAAAGAACAGGUUCCAAAUUGGUCAGGUCCUUUCGAUGACACUAUGGCUGUUGGUGCUCCAAGGAGAAAUAAGCAUGCGGGAGUUGAUACUCCAGAAACGACAAAAUCAUAUACGGGAAGAAGAGAAAAGAGUAGCAAUCCACGGGCUAAAGGGAAAGGAAGUGUGGCUUGAAUUUUUGUUGCGUAUAUUGAAGAGUUACAUACAGGGGCGCUGGCCUAUUUUUCGACUUAAUUCUGGGAGAACAGCAAACCUACUGGACCCAAACAGAUUCAAUCGGCCGAGAACAGCAUUUUCCUCGUGUUUGAGUUGGAGGGUAAAUUUUUUCAUUCUCAUUUUUUUCCAAUUCGCACAUAAAGAUCUUUCUUCUCAUCCUCUAUUCGUUGGGUUGGGAGAGGCUUCCCUUGUUAUGUCUACUGUUUUUCUUCCUCUUUGUGUUGAAAGUUAGAACUCCGAACUGUUUUUUUAAUAAAAAGUUUGAGAGCUCGACACUCUGUUGUUUUAUUUCUGUUCAGCAUUAGACUUUUAAGAUCUCAACCUUGGUGCUUUGGUCAGUUGUUGGAUGGUUGGUUUUUUACUUUGUCUGAUUGUAAUUAGUUUGAUCGAGUUCUGCUGUAGGCUUCAGAUCUGUAAUUGUCUUUGACAGAAGUAUCUCUCAAGGGAACGCCUUUUUCAAUUUUUAAGAAGCUCUUUGUUUUA